AUGCAGCCGACACUUAUCUCCGACGGCCUGACGGCGGACGCCGCGGCUCAAUCAUCGUCGCCGCGGCAGAGUUCAACAUCACCUUCCGCACGAGUCGAUACUGACAGAGCUGGCUACCAACACGCACCCGAACAUUCGAUUGAUGGUCCGGACGACGUGACCGUCCACGAACAAGACAUCGUCGCGUCCGCAGCGCCGAACGCCGGCCAGUCGCAACAGGAGUCGGCGGCCGAGAUUUCGGGCGACGCCGAGAAGCUGCCGGCACGGCAUAGCAAUAACCUCCAGGACCAAACCAACUAUCUCCCAGUCAGGUGAGUCCACAACUUCAUAGUUUAGUGGGACUUGAUCUUGCUGACGCCGAUACCUCCCCUCACGCGUUUGCUUCCAUUUUUAGACAAAUCCUCAUAGUGAGUCCAUACGCGGAUCAACCUUUGACAUCCCAUGGCAGCGGAAACUGAUCCCACCGAUAAUAUUUUCAACAGGUCUUCGCAGCAAUGCAGCUGGCCGUGCUGCUCUCGUUCCUCGACCAAUCGAUGCUCUCAUCCGCGUUACCGACCAUCUCGGCUCAUUUUGGCGCCGGUCGUAGCAGCUCCUGGGUAGCAAGCGCGUACUUGCUGACUACGACGGCGUUCCAACCGAUCUUGGGUCGCUUCAGCGACAUUUUUGGUCGCAAACUCACGCUGCAAGGCUGCAUCCUCGUCUUCACGAUCGGCUCGGUCGCGUGCGGUGUCGCACAAACAAUGAAGCAAUUGAUCUUCUUCCGUGCGCUCGCCGGAGUGGGUGGGGGAGGACUCAUCACACUCGUCUUCAUCAUCGUUUCGGACAUCGUUUCGCUCAAGGACCGAGGCAAAUACCAAGGUAUCACCGAGAUGACCAUCAUCCUCGCCAAUUGUGCUGGACCAAUCAUCGGCGGAGUGUUUGCGCAAAAACUGUCCUGGCGAUGGAUCUUCUGGUUGACGGUCAUCAUUGCGCCGAGUCAGUGUGCUGCCGCGAGACUUACUUACAAAUUUCCUAGGAGGGCUCGUAUACUGACCUUCGGCAUAUCUCGUCAGUUGGCAUCGUAAUCGUUCAAAUUUUUCUGCCGCUGAAAGCCGUCAAGGGCAGUAUGCGAACCAAGCUGGCACAGAUCGACUAUGUCGGAUCGCUUUUGACGAUUGGUGCUUGCACACUCAUACUCCUGCCUUUGAAUUGGUGCGUCUCAAUCAUUCCACGGUGCUAGGUUACAGCAGCCGGACUGACGCGUAGGGGUUCUUAUCGAAUGUUAGGGGUGGUGUGACUUUUUCAUGGAAUUCACCCAGGGUACUUGGAUGUCUUAUCGGCGGGUUCGUCUGCUUCGUCGUCUUCAUGCUGUACGAGUGGAAGGUCCCCAAAAUUCCUGUGAUCCCGAUGUACAUCUUCAAGAUCCGGACAGCCGCCUCAGGUGAGUUCCCCCCCAUUCCGCUUCAUCCGUGCCAGGCUGGGUUGAUAAGCGGCUGACGCGUGUCGAACGUAACCUCCCUGCGCAGUCUUCGCGAGUACCACCAUCUCCGGAGGCACUCUCAUGGCCCAAGUCUUCUACGUUGUACGUCUUGCGUCCUCAGUUUUAUCGUGGCAUCCGCGCGUACUGAUUCCCUCACAUGUCCAGCCUCAAUUCCUACAAAUUGUCCGAGGUGUAUCCCCGAUCCGUUCCGGAGUCCUCUUCAUCCCGCUCUUGAUGAUGGUAACCCUCAUGGUCUUCUGCACAGGCCAAGGCAUCGCUCGUACAGGGGAAUACAAAAUUUUCAUCGUUUGCGGGUAUGCGAUUUGGUCCAUUGGCCUCGGGCUUCUCUCGACUCUAAACGAAUCUUCCUCGACGGCCAAGCUGGUCGGGUUCUUGAUCAUCACCGGAUUCGGUCAAGGUCAAACACUACAGUCGUCCCUCGUAGCCGUUCAAGCUGCUGUACAAAGAGCCGAUAUGUCAGUUGCGACCUCGACGAGGAAUUUCCUUCGUGCUUUCGGAGGUACUCUUUCGCUCGCGAUCGCCUCGACGAUCAUCAACAAUACCCUCAAACACACCUUACUACCCGAAGGGUUUGAAGGAAAUUUAGUGGGAAAAAUUAUUGACUCUCCUACCGAAAUAUGGCAAGCCACGACCGUCGACGGGCAAACCUUAUUCGCUCUCCCGGCGCAACAGAAGGUCGAGAUCAUCGCCGCUUACGUCAAAGGUUUUCGCGUCGUCUUCAUCGUGUUCGCGAGUUUACAAGCGUUCAAUUUCGUGAUUACGAUGAUUUUCAUGGAGAGGUUGAAUUUGGUGAGGAAGGAUGAGGAGGCGUUGAAGGAACGGGGGACGCAGAUGCUUCAGGAGAGGAAGAGAAAGAAGAGAGCGAAGCGGGGGGGAGUGGAUUUGGAGAAAGGUGGGGAGGAGGAGGCGAAGUCUCAUACGUCUUCUGUAGAGCAUAGUACUGUAGAUCAUAGUAAGAACUAG